AUUCAAUGGGUUUUAUUGUAAUACUAACUUCUAUAUAUUAAUGGUGGAAAGGGCAUUAUAAACAUUAAAACAUGGAUAAGAAAGGAUGUAUUUUAUUAUCAGAACUCUUGUUUGUUCUUCACAUUCAGUCUGUAAGUGCUGAUUGCACGUUUGACAGUAGCUUAGUUGGAUCAUGGACGAGUAACGACUACGAGCAAAUAACCGUCACUAGUAGUGUAUUAACUUUAGGAAGUCAUGCAUUCAAUAUAAACGGAAAGACUUCAUCCGACUGGACAUGUCAUGAUAAUUCUACAGGGCCAUAUGUUAUUUUAAGGUCUGAAAUAUUUGUAUUAUAUAAAGCUGAUUCCGUUGCUUUUAUCUGCAUGGAGGCAACAGCAGUCAAUAACAAUAGCUAUUACUUCUAUAUGAAUUCUCCAAAAAAUAUAUUUAUAGGUAAUGAGCGAAUACAUAUAUUUGGAGUUUUAAAUGCAACGGGAAAUGCAACAGAAAUUUGCACAGAAACACCAUCAAAGGCAGAAUUCAUAAGCAUGGUCAGGACAGGUUCAGAGGAAAGUGCUUUAGCUGAUUGCCCAGAUCCUCUUUACAGAAAUUUUACCUACGUUUUCAACAAUGAUGGAACAGAUAAAUGUUCUUCGCCGGACAACGGAUUUGUCUCAGUUUGUCCUAGCAGACAAGAGUUGAACUUUUACUACGACAAAUGUGCCACUACCAUAGCUUAUACGUUAUUUGGAAGACUUGGUUGUGUUGCUUCUAUCGUCGAUGAUUCAUCUGGGACAUACUAUACGUCUUUGUAUAAUUUCGACGAUACAGUUAAUCAACUGACUACAUUCAGAUUCACUUGUGCGGCAGUCCAAAAUGCAGCAUCAGGAGAUAUUCAGGUGACAUAUACACCGGGCCAGUGUGUUGCUAAUCAGGAAUACAACACAAGACCAACUUCUUCUGGAGGACUGAUUACACUAACCCCCAAUGGUACAUGUGCUUCGAUAAAUUAA